AUGUCGACAAUAAAGACGAUAAUGACAUUCAAGCGAAAGGAGAAAAUAGUUUUUGCAAAACAAAAACAGAUUGUUUGCAAAAUGAGAGUAUUGUUCACAUAAAAGGCGGUACAAAUACGAUGGGCACGAAUGAGCCCGUGUUUGUGGCCGACGGCGAGGGCCCGGCCAGGGAUGUGACGGUCCAUGACUUUUAUAUGGAUCGGACAGAAGUGAGUAAUGAGGCGUUUAAGGCGUUUGUCGACGAAACCAAUUACGUGACCGAAGCCGAGGUUUUUGCCAAUUCUUUCGUCUUUGAAAAGAUGAUCAGCGAAGACGUCAAACAGAAUAUUACUCAAGCUGUUAAAGAGGCACCAUGGUGGCUUCCCGUUCCCAACGCUUCCUGGAGAGCCCCCGAAGGCAUUGAUUCACAUAUUAAUGAUCGCUGGGAUCAUCCGGUAAUUCACGUGUCUUGGAAUGACGCCAAUAGGUAUUGUCAGUGGAAAGGCAUGCGUUUGCCCACCGAAGCCGAGUGGGAAUACGCGUGUCGGGCGGGUCUCAAGAAUCGGCUCUUCCCGUGGGGAGACGACGGGUUUGUAGGGACAGCACCUGUCGAUUCAUUUCCAGCCAAUAAAUUUGGACUCAAGAAUAUAGUGGGCAAUGUCUGGGAGUGGACGGCCGACUGGUGGACAGUGAAACACAGUAGCGAACCGUCUGUUAACCCGAAAGGCCCCGAUUCUGGCACCGAUAGGGUUAAAAAGGGAGGUUCCUAUAUGUGCCACAAGAGCUAUUGCUAUCGGUAUCGAUGUGUGGCCAGGAGUCAAAACACACCGGACUCAUCCGCUGGUAAUCUUGGCUUCAGAUGUGCCGCCGAUUAUGCGAAGGACUAAUCCAUUGAAUUUAUAAAAUUUAUUUAAUGCUGUGAUAAACACGAGUUUAAUUUAUACUAAUUUAGUCAUUAAUUCUGUUAUCACAUGAAAUUUCUGCCAAAACAGCGC